CACAGACACACACACAGACACACACACAGACACACACACUCACUCACACACAGACAGACACACACACUCACUCCUGCUGUGGAAAGUUUGUGGAGGCAGUAUCCGGAGGAGGUGGGGACAGAGGCGGCCGCUCGCUCACAGCUCCGCGGGGCUGCAGGGCUCUCACUCGGCUCCGGCAGCGGCUCGUGUGCGACUCGGAGCUCCGGAGGAUGUCGGCCGUGAAGGCGCUGCAGCAGUGGUGCCGGCUCCGGUGUGAGGGCUACCGGGACGUGGCCAUCACCAACAUGACCACGUCGUUCAGGGACGGCCUGGCUUUCUGCGCCCUCAUCCACACACACAGACCCGAGCUGAUUGAUUUUGAUUCGCUGAAGAAGGAAAAUGUCUACGACAACAACAAACUGGCGUUCAAGGUGGCGGAGGAGGAGUUGGGGAUCCCAGCUCUGUUGGACGCAGAAGACAUGGUGGCUAUGAAGGUUCCCGACCGCCUCAGUAUCCUGACGUACGUCUCGCAGUACUACAACUACUUCCAUGGACGCUCCCCGAUCGGUGGUAUGGGAGGCAUAAAGCGUCCGGCCGAGGUUGCCAGCGAUGAACCGUCUGGAAAGAAGAACCAGCCGGUGGUGGCGAAGGUGUUCCCCUCGUCCAAGCCUGCCAGAGAGAACAGCCCUCCCCCCUCCGCCAACAUCACCAGGCCUCCUCCCUCCCCAAAACCAAGCAGAAAUGUCACAAAGGAGGUCCCGGUGGAGAGAUCCCAUCAAACAGGAACCCUGAGUAACAAGUGUAUGUCCUGUAACAAGCACGUUCACUUGGUGCAGCGACAUCUAGUGGAAGGGAAGCUCUACCACAGGAACUGUGCAAAAUCUCUGUCUUCUACAAACACAUUGACACCUCUCAGAGAUUUACCCACAAACACCCCUAUGUCCAAAUUCACUCCUCUACCUGACACGACUAAAACCAGCACAACCACUCCUCCCCAGACCACCUCCAGACUGGGGCCAAAAUGGCUGACGGACAAACCCAGCCCUCCUACCAGCUCCUCCACCACGUUUUCCCCUCCGUCUCCUUCCCGGCCUCGUUCAGCCGUCUCUUCCGCUGCUAAAGUAGCUCACGCGGCGCCAGUCUCCAAACCCGCAGCUUCACGGACUACGAGCGAAUCUACCUUCACUACAACACCCUCCAUCAUCACCAGGCCCGUUGCUGCCCCCCGCACCUCAACCACAGCGACCAAGACGGUGCAGUCAAAGUCCAAGUUCUUCCAGUCCGACAGCAACACUGGCAACGAAGAGAAAAAGACCACAACCAUUAACGUGGACGUAAAUAAACCACCGAUCGUGAGCGGUAAAGUCCAGGAGGCCGCGGCAGGUCAGGCUGUGACUGUGGUUCUAAAUAUUGGUGGUGGUGCUGUCAAAAAGGAAACGACUUCAGGCCUGGAUAAAGGUGGAGACACAGCUAAAGCGGCAGGUGGAGGAGGAAAGGUGAAUUUGAAACAAGAAGAUGGUGAAAGCAACAAGACGAAAGCAGCGGCAGCAGUUUUCAUCUCCAAGAAACUGGCUGAGGAAAACAACAACAACAGCGGCAGCAGCAGCAAACCAACAUGGACGAGCGCAGCUGUGAAGAAACCUGACAAACCUGCUGAAGUCGAGACUCCUAAGAGGGAGACGGGGGGAGUCAGAGGAAGGGUGAAGCUGAGAGCCAACCCGUCCCUCCUCGCUGACCUGACGCCUGUGGACCCCCAGGCCCCGACCCCGGCCCUGACCCCGGCCCCGGCCCCGGCCCCGACCCCGACCCCGGCCCUGACCCCGGCCCCAGCCCCGGCCCCGGCCACCAGGAGCGGACUCAAAGCCAAAACUCCAGAGAGAGUAGACCUAAAGCCUCGCAGCGCAUCACCCAACACUCACUCAGCGUCGGAGAACGAGUCUCCUGCAGACUGGAGGUUGAAGCUCAAACCUGUCGCCAAAGGAAAAAAACCUGCUGCUCCUCCAGCGACAGUGAAACUGUUGGCGAAUGGAGCUGGAAAGCCCCAGACUUCAGAGCUCUCAGUUGGGCCUCCCUCUCACGUUUCUACCCCCAAUAUUUCUGUCACUCCGCCUCCAUCGAAGGGAUCUCUGAAUGUUCAGACCGAACAAACUGCAAAUGGCAACAAGUCGGAGUCAAAGACCUCGAAG